CGAACUACGCUGACUGGUCGAUUUUUCACCUUUAGGAUAACCUGCCAUGAUCUCGUAGCUGUGUUUACUCGACAAGACUCGAAACAAAACUGAGUAAAACUGAGCAAAACUAAACAACACAGACUGUUGAUGCCGCAGCUUAGAAGCAAAUACAGAAAUAAAUAUAAUGGGUACCGUUAUAAUGCACCCCCAGGUAUACAUUUGGGGUAUUUCGAAUAAAGGGAGGAGCACGAACUCUAUAGACCUAUACCUGCUCGGCGCCCGACUGCUUUUAGUGCUGUAUCUUCGAAAAUAAUCCAAAAUUGACAGACAUAUUCUUAGAUAUAUUAGGAACAGAUUUCAGCAAUAAAAAAAACAUCGAUUUUUUGAGCCUCCUAAAGCAGGCUCCCCCCUUAAGGGGGUAGUAAGGUUAAUUCGAGCUAAAAAAGCAUAUAUUGGCUUUCUCACUUUAGCUCGCCUAAUAUAAAAUUCCUUUUUUCUUAAAAAUAUUUGUUUGAAGGAAUGAUUGGCCUUCUCACUUUAGCUCGCCUAAUAUAAAAUUCCUUUAUUUUUGAAAAUAUUUGUUUGAAGGAAUGAUUGGCCUUCUCACUUUAGCUCGCCUAAUAUAAAAUUCCUUUAUUUUUGAAAAUAUUUGUUUCGAAGGAAUGAUUGGCCUUCUCACUUUAGCUCGCCUAAUAUAAAAUUCCUUUAUUUUUGAAAAUAUUUGUUUGAAGGAAUGAUUGGCCUUCUCACUUUAGCUCGCCUAAUAUAAAAUUCCUUUAUUUUUGAAAAUAUUUGUUUGAAGGAAUGAUUGGCCUUCUCACUUUAGCUCGCCUAAUAUAAAAUUCCUUUUUUCUUAAAAAUAUUUGUUUGAAGGAAUGAUUGGCCUUCUCACUUUAGCUCGCCUAAUAUAAAAUUCCUUUAUUUUUGAAAAUAUUUGUUCGAAGGAAUGAUUGGCCUUCUCACUUUAGCUCGCCUAAUAUAAAAUUCCUUUAUUUUUGAAAAUAUUUGUUCGAAGGAAUGAUUGGCCUUCUCACUUUAGCUCGCCUAAUAUAAAAUUCCUUUAUUUUUGAAAAUAUUUGUUUCGAAGGAAUGAUUGGCCUUCUCACUUUAGCUCGCCUAAUAUAAAAUUCCUUUAUUUUUGAAAAUAUUUGUUCGAAGGAAUGAUUGGCCUUCUCACUUUAGCUCGCCUAAUAUAAAAUUCCUUUAUUUUUGAAAAUAUUUGUUCGAAGGAAUGAUUGGCCUUCUCACUUUAGCUCGCCUAAUAUAAAAUUCCUUUAUUUUUGAAAAUAUUUGUUCGAAGGAAUGAUUGGCCUUCUCACUUUAGCUCGCCUAAUAUAAAAUUCCUGUUUUCUUGAAAAUAUUUGUUUCGACGGAAUGAUUGGCUUUCUCACUUUAGCUCGCCUAAUAUAAAAUUCCUUUUUUCUUAAAAAUAUUUGUGUGAAGGAAUGAUUGGCCUUCUCACUUUAGCUCGCCUAAUAUAAAAUUCCUUUAUUUUUGAAAAUAUUUGUUCGAAGGAAUGAUUGGCCUUCUCACUUUAGCUCGCCUAAUAUAAAAUUCCUUUAUUUUUGAAAAUAUUUGUUCGAAGGAAUGAUUGGCCUUCUCACUUUAGCUCGCCUAAUAUAAAAUUCCUUUAUUUUUGAAAAUAUUUGUUCGAAGGAAUGAUUGGCCUUCUCACUUUAGCUCGCCUUAUAUAAAAUUUCUUCUUUUUUUUUUUUUUUUGAAAAUAUUUGGUUCGAAGUAAUGAUUGGCCUUCUCACUUUAGCUCGCCUAAUAUAAAAUUCCUUUAUUUUUGAAAAUAUUUGUAUACGCUUCGAGAACUGUUGCGUUGAUAAUACAUCGAAAGAACGUAAGCUACGCGUAGAAGACAUUACCUUUGGCAAGCUGCGCUUGGAAGAUAUAACCUUCGAGAAAAUUCACGUAGAUAUGUAAUAUAUCCAAGGAAGACAAGCUGCGCGUAGAGGAAAUUACUAUUGAGGAGCAAGGCAAAUUUAACGAUGUGAACAAUAAAAUGUCUCCUUUGGAAAUUGAGAAUGCAAAAGAUGAGAUGAAAUAUCUUGCAGAAAGAGAUGCUGAAGUUGAUAACGGAAGUGGUUCAAACUUUGGUCCAGAGGGGGAAGAGGAAAAUGCAGGCGAAUCGAAUGAGGAAUCGAUAAAUGUAACUAUUGGUGAAAAUGAACAAAAACUUUUGCAUGAUAAGGCACCUGAUGAAAAGGAAAAAUGCACCGAUGCAGAAGGUGAUACUACCGGCAAGAAUUCAGCGCAAAAGAGUACAAAAACGGUUGCAGCUUUGGAUGACGCAAGAACAUCCAAGGGUGGAUACAGCAGCAGUAAAUGCAGCAAGUCUGAUGACGAUAAAUCAAAGAGAAAAGAUGAGAAGUCCGGCGACAAAAAGGAUAAAGACAUUAGUGAACAAAAAUCAUCUUCAAACAUGUCUUCGCAGAAGGAUGACAAAGAAAAGUCUCCAGUGAAUAUCUCUACAAAAUCGUCGUCCACAGGAAAGCAGACAACACCUUCACGAAAUCUUUGGGUAUCCGGGUUAUCUUCAUUAACGAGAGCCAGUGAUCUGAAAACUAUAUUUUCUAAAUAUGGAAAAGUUAUCGGAGCCAAGAUGGUCACCAACACCCGAACUCCGGGUACACGUUGUUAUGACUAAGUAACAAUGUCAUCAUCGUCGGAUGCCAGUCGUUGCAUUGAGAAUUUGCAUCAUACCGAACUCCAUGGACGGAUAAUAUCAGUAGAGCGCACUAAAAACGAAAUCGGCAACUCAACAAGUGUCGCCAAAACACGAGUGGAUAAAACAAAGGUAGAUCCAGUUGGUAAAGCGGAUGUAGUAACAACCAUUUGAGAGUUACUAAUACCAUGGCAGCUUGCGUUAAAACAAACGGACAAGCUAAAAACCAAACGUCGAUUACAAGCUGCAAUCACUAUUUGUUUCGAAGGAAUGAUUCGCCUUCUCACUUUAGCUCGCCUAAUAGAAAAUUCCUUUAUUUUUGAAAAUAGCUCGUUCGUCUCGACUUUGACAUACAUGUCGACAACGAAUUGCUGGAAUAACCGACGGCACUUCAGAAUGACACUCUCCUCAUGUGUACGAAUCAUCAUACGAUACGCAUAGUAAUUCAAUUUUCCGGAUAAUCCAUUGUACAGGGUUGAGCUCGUUUCAUCUUGGAGGGCCAGAUAGUAUGUGAGACCGUUGUAAUCUUUUAUGUUACCGAUGCCAUCAAGAUAGUAACCUAUUUCGUCAGGAAUCGCGAGGGAGGGGAGUUUCAUCUCCAAAGCGGCAUACUCAUUCACUCCAUCGCCUCUCUCAGUACAGACAUAUCUCAAUCGCUUCCAAAGAAGCAUUACGUAAUAAUAUUGGUAUCCCGAGAAUGAAAGGUACUUUUGGAAAGCUCUGUCCAGGCGAGUCAUAUUGUUAUAACUACUCCUAAUAAUCUGUAUGUACCGUGAAAAAUCAAGUAGAAAUUCACGCGUCCUAAACAUAAAGUUUAUUAUAAAAUAAACACUUUUUAUUUUUGACACAAUCGCUCUAAAACUUGCCGCAAAUUCAACAUUGCUUUAAUCCUUUCUUUGUCAACCAGCAAUUUUUCCUUUACGAUCUUCAUAGUUUCUUCGUGCCGAAUCUCUCUUUCCGCGCUUCUUCUUUAAAAAAAAUCCAAUGUUUCAUAUGCAAUAGUUCUUGGUCGUUUUUUUCGGCCGACACCUUCUGUCUGGCUUUCUUCCACGCAGCUUUCCUCCUCACUCACUCCACUUUCAACUAAAUAUUGCAGUAAGCUCUGGAGGUUCCUUAUGGGAGGCUCAAUGGAGUGCUUAUUUCCAUAAACGUUGUCUAAAUCUUUAAAAUAUUAUUAUUCAAAAUAUUUUUCGGCAAAAAUGUUGUUGUUUAAUAUUGAGUGUACUAAAUGAAGUAUUUUUAUUGGUUCCGGAUUGGGUGUUGCACCCCACGUUUAUUAACAUGAGGACUGAUCACUUUACAGCUAGAGUGUUGGCAGUGCAUUGGCAAUUUUAUAACCGUGUGACUAGAGUAACAGUAAAUUAUGCGAACAUGAGCCCCGUCGAUGCAACCAACUACUCCCGGGAAAGCACUUUUUGAAUAAUAUGAAACUUUUGAAGCGUUUUGCUCCUCCUCAGUCAUUUGAAUUUUAAUCCAUUGGGCACAUAUACGUUGUCCAAUUAUAUUAAGAACCUCUUUAAUUACUAAAGAUAUCGUAGGUUGCGCUAACCCAGUGUUAAAAUCGAACAUCAAUUUUGCCCCUAAUAUUUUCGUCAUUGUGAUAUAAAUCAAAACUUAUAUCCAUUUUUUAUUUAUUUUAAUGUUUAUUCACUUUUUCGCGAGUGACAAUUGAAUUCAAUUGUUUAAAUAUGGCGUUUAAAAUUUUUUUAGCUGUUUCACUAUCUGUCAAAUUUCCGACCAAGUCGGGUUGAAAACCGCAAUAGGGGCAUUAAUUAUACAGAGUAUUCAAUUUUUGAGGGACAUUAUGCAUAUAACUUGUUUUAAUUAUAUUUAUAUUACACAUAGUUUCGAUGGAAUGACUCGCAUUCUCACUUUAGCUCGCCUUAUAUUAAAAUUCCUU